GGAAUACUUGUAAAAUCAUGUUGAUAUUCUUUCUUCUCUCCCCUCGCUCCCUCCCUCGCAUUUCUAUCUUCUCUCACAUAUCGUACACAUACACAUUCUAAAAUCCAAUGAACGCGUAAAAUUCAUUGGACGCGCAAAAACGUGAAAGAAAAUAAGGUUGCCCAGUCCAGCCCGCCCAGCCAGCCAGCCCAGCCCAGUCCAAUACCAUCCCACACCACUCCAUACCAUACCUUCGCUAUCUUGGCUAUGGGACUUGGAGUACUACAAGGUACUGUACAACCUUAUGAGACAUCCACCCUACCACUGCCACCAUUCUUCUUCUUCUCCUCCUCCAACAUCCAAUUGAGCAUUCUCCGUCUUGGUCUUUGCAUCGAACUCGCUGGAUUUAAUGUGCGUUUCAUUCUCAACGACGCCUCGAUCAUUUCAACUGCCACUUCCUCCCUUCUCUUGGAAGACGUAGGGAUUCGUUGGGUACCUUUCUUAUCUGCAACUCCAGAGGAUGAUUAAAGUUUCUAUCGUGCUGAAAUUCAAAACCACUACCCCAGCACCAGUUCCAGCAAUCCUACCUUACAACCUCUUCAAACUCUUUCAAUCCCUUCAAUCGCAUCAUUCUCCUCCCUCGCUCUGAUUUGGCCUCUUUCCCAUCCUCUGCAAAUAAGAGGGCUACGAAUUGAACCACGAAAGAAUACUGGCCAUCCCUCGACCGAUCACCCAUUCCAAGAUCUUCAUUAUCGACCUCGAGAAAGACCGGCACAAUGAAAGCUACACCCUUAAUCAUCAACUGGCAUGAUCAGAAUUCUCCCAUAUAUAGUUGCGAUUGGGAAAGGGCGGGCAAGGGGAGAUUGGCGACUGCGGGAGGAGAUGGAAAUGUUAGGUUGUGGAAGAUAGAAUCCGAAGGAGAAGACCGCAAGAUUGACUAUCUAGCUACGCUCCAAAAGCAUACCCAAGCAGUUAAUGUAGUAAGAUGGGCUCCGAAAGGGGAAUUACUAGCAUCUGCUGGAGACGACGGAAAUGUGCUACUUUGGGUACCUAGCGAAGCUUCAAGUAUUACACCGGCAUUCGGAGGAGAUGGAUUUGAAGAAAAGGAAACAUGGCGAACCAAACACAUGUGUCGAUCAUCGGGUGCUGAGAUAUACGAUUUGGCUUGGUCCCCAGAUUCCGUGUACUUCAUAAUUGGGAGUAUGGACAAUGUUGCGAGGAUAUACAAUGCUCAAACUGGUCAGUUAAUUAGGCAAAUCGCUGAACAUCAACAUUAUGUUCAAGGUGUUGCUUGGGAUCCAUUAAAUGAAUACAUCGCGACGCAAUCAUCCGAUCGAUCCGUACACAUCUAUACCCUGAGAACGAAAGACGGACAAUUCAGUCUCGACAAUAGGGAGGAACCAAAAAAGAUUGGGCAUAAUUUGAAGAUGGAUUUACCGGGAAGACGAAUCUCCUCCAAUAGUCCAGCCCCGCCGGAGCUUGGAUUUCGCUCACAAUUUCCACCGGAAACACCAAAUACAAUAGGCUCACCGGGUCCAUCAUGUCCAGGCACGCCAACUUCCAUGGCGUUACCGAUGAAUCCUCCAAGUGUCAUUAGUCAUAGUAGAAGAUCUUCAUUUGGUGCUUCUUCUCCAGCAAUGUCUAUGCGAAGGUCAGCCUCUCCUGCUCCUUCCAUGCCUUUACCCGCUGUUAUGCCUAUGGAAGCAUCACCAAAACCAUAUUCGAUGAUUGGACUUGGAGUCAAAAAUGCUCAUAUCUACGCCAAUGAAACCCUCAAGUCAUUUUUCCGAAGACUCGCAUUCACACCGGAUGGUAGUCUUCUUUUCACCCCAGCCGGUCAAUAUCAAACGCAACACAAGGGAUCAGAAGAGGGUGCGAAAAUGUUAUAUGAAGUAAUUAACACGGUUUACAUUUAUACAAGGGGUGGAAUUAACAAGCCUCCUGUUGCACAUUUACCGGGGCACAAGAAACCUUCUGUGGCCGUCAAAUGCUCUCCGGUUUACUACACAACAAGAAAAGCUCCUUCACCAAUUACAAAAUAUAUCACCAUCGAUACAUCAUCCGCUGAUGACACAAUGGCAGCAUUGCCAGAACCAGCAAUGGUUCCUAAAUCUCCAUCGAAUGCUUCAAUGGAACCACCUCCAAUUGUAUCACAAAGUAGUGAUUCCUCGAGACCUAGUUCUUCAUCUAAACCGAAAUCGUUGGAGGUUGAAACAAACGUAACAUCUCAAGGUCCAACAAUGGCAUUUUCUUUACCUUAUCGUAUGGUUUAUGCUGUUGCCACAGAGGAUUCGGUUUUAUUGUAUGACACACAGCAACAAACCCCGCUUUGCAUAGUGAGCAAUUUACAUUGUGCAACCUUUACAGAUUUAUCAUGGUCAACUGAUGGAACUACGUUAUUGAUGACAUCUUCGGAUGGUUUCUGUUCAACAUUAACUUUUGCUCCUAGUGAACUUGGACAAAUUUAUGAUGAAGAAAUACCUACUGCAAAACGUUCAUUUAUUAGUGGUUCAGCAGUCUCGUCAACUCAAAAUACUCCCAUGGCAACACCAACAGCUGGGAUUGCACCUCCAUCACCAUUUCCAGUUUCAAAUAAUCAUCAUCGUACAUCUUCAAAUCCUAUGGUUGCGCCAUCACCCCCACCAGCUCCCAUCACGACUUUUAGACCUUCUUCGCCUACGCGAUCAAAUUCUACAUCUUCAGUUGCAACACAAUCAUCUCAUGUAACAUCAGCUCUAGGGACAAUUAUCAGUAAUCCAACUCCGUUGUCAAGUAGUGUUCCAGGUAUUGCAGCAGCAAAUACCACUUCAGGAGUUCCUAUGACAACACCCCCACAAACUCCUAGAAGUACUACAGGUUCGGUAGUGGGUGUUAAACGUCCGGGAGAUGUAAGUGAGAGUGAAAAGGAGGAUACAGGAGCUGGACCUGAAAAGAAAAAGAGAAGAAUUGCUCCUACUCAAGUUUUGUCGACGAAUCCUGCAACUGGCAAGUAGUGAUUUGGAUGUUAUUCAAGAAGUUUUCUUUUCCAAUUGAUUUGAGACUUGAUUUGAUCUCAUGGGAUGGUGGGUUGGUGGGAUGUGAUAUUUUUCGGUAUCCAAAGGCUUAGGUGUGUAUGGUUUGGUGUUUUACGAACUAGGAAGGAGUUAACAUGAAAGGAAAGGAAAGGAAAUAUAUGAUGCCCUGGUACCUUUUGCAUGGGAUCAGGUUGGAGUUUUUAGUGGGCAUAAAUGAAUAUAAUGAUUUCCAUUUUUAUUUCGACUAUUAUGUAUAAUUUUUGUUAUUCUUUAGCUGAACUAUGUUUAACAGUUUUUUCUUUUGAUUUUAUGAGAAGGUGUGAAUGAUUUGUAUUGUUAAUGGAAUGAAGAAUUUUAUGAAUGAUUCGAGAGAGGAGGGGUUUA